ACCCCCACCUACCCCCCUCCCCCCUCUUCAACGGCUACCAGAAAAACGCCGGAAAAGAAAAGAAAAAGAAAGAGAAAGCGGGGGAGGAGAGGAGACGACAAGCCCGAGGCAGGCGCCAGCCAGCGACCGAACCCUAGCUGCCAGCCAGGAUGGGCAAGCUCCUCUGCGACUCCUCCUCCGGCGGCGGCGCCGUCGCCGUCGCGGAGGCGCUCCCGCCCUCCCCCGCCCCGGCCUCGCCGCCGCAGCUCCUCGCCUGGGCCGCCCCCGAACCCCCCGCCGGCUGGUCCGCCGUCUGGGCGCUCGACGACCAGCAGCGCCGCCGCCUGCUCCGGAUCUGGGAGCGCGGCGUCGCCUGGAAGCCGCCCCGCCAGGGGGGCGACGGCCCGGAUGCCCCCGCCCCCGCCCCCGCCCCCGCCGUCGUCUUCCGCCUCGACCACGGCGGGGAGGUCGAGUCCGACGGCAACUGCCUCUUCACCGCCGCGCGCAGGGCCGCCGCCGCCAAGGCCGAGGCGCGCGAGCUCCGGCACCGCGCCGUGCGCCGCUUCGCCGACGUCUACGCCGCGGCCGAGGCCUCCGACAGGGCCGCGGUCGACGCCGCCGUGCGCCACCUCUACGCGCCGGAUCUCAAGGCCGGCUGGGGCGUCCACGUCGUGCAGGAGGUCAAGCUGCUCGCGCCCAAGGCCGACCGCGACGCCCUCGACGCCGCCAUCCAGGAGCUCGUCGGCAUCGGCAUCCAAAGGGAACUGGCAGCUGAGACUAUCUACAAGGAGAGAUGUAUCGCUGUAGACGAUGGAGAUAGUUGGGCCAAGUACAUGUCCAUUUCUGGCUCUGCGGAGGAUGAACAUGACAUAAUCACCCUGCAGUACACAGAGGAGGGCUUACUGACCAUCGAUGAGAACCGGGAUGGGCGCGCGGCUGCGUUUGGCGAUGAUAUUGCCAUCGAGUGCCUCGCCACCGAGUUCAAGAGAGAAGUUUUCGUGGUGCAAGCACAUGGCACUGAUGCAAUGGUUGAUGAGGAUAACUGCGUGUUCUUCCUCCCACACCUCCCUAGAGGAGAAAUCUGCGAUGUGCCCAUCUUUCUAUUCAUGAAGGGAACAGCAUGGUGUGGUGCUGGUGCGGACCAUUACGAGCCAUUGAUCGCCACCGUCCUCCAGCAUGUUACUCCAGACAAGGCAGCUGUUGUACUUUGAGGAAGGGGGUUGUUGUUGUAGUCUUUAGUCGGCGAUGCAGUCGAGCCAAUUUUGUCACCGGAGCUAGAGUGCCGAAUUGUGGAGCAACAUCUAUGCCCAAGAGGAGAGGAUAGAUGAUCUGUCUAACUGUGCAUUUGCAGGGUCUUGCCUGCUCCUGAAGCUGUGUACCCUUUUUUGUAUGGCGUUUUCUGUUGUUGUAUGUUGGUGGUAUGGUAGGUUCUGACUGCUGCUAGAGAUUGAGCGAGUGAUAGAAACACCGAUUCUAGCUUCUUGUUGUUGUGCACCCGAUUGUUGGCCGGCAUUUUCCAUUUGAUUCUUUUUGUGAGGGAUUCACCAUUUGGCGGUUGCUUGCUCGUAGGAGCGGGCAUCUGCUCGGACAGUCGGAAUGGAACCGAUUCAUUGGAUUUUUUUGGUGUUGGGGUGAGGUAUCUCUUCUAGCCAGCUUUCCCAUGUAGCCCCCCUGUUCUUGUACUAGAUUUGUUCACAAACAUGUGCACAACUGGUACUUGUAAUAAUGGAUGAUGCCAAUAAGAUUGUGAACCUUCAUUCAUCAAGAGUGUGACUGAAUUUGCAGUCUGCUUCAUCA